AUGACCCAAGACAACGAUGAACAAUAUUUGACUUUGCUUGAAAGCAUAUCCACAUAUGAUAUGUUGUUGGACCAACUUCAAAAAUCGAUGUCUGAAGGGUUUAUUGAUUUGGGGAGAGCCAAUUUCCAUAAUAAAGAUUCUUUAAGAGGACGCUAUGGUUCUGAUUAUUAUGAUGAAUCUUAUGAGGGCCUGAUAGAAGCACAUAUUAAUGGAGAUGGACUAUUUUCUAUCUUCAAGAAGAACAAUGAAAUGAUAAUUGAUGAUGAUGAAAAAAAUUCAAAAGAUGAUGAAAGUUCAGAAGAAGGUAUUAAAUCAAGGAAAACGCAUGUGAGAUCACAUGAAAGCAAUAACCAAAAAUUAAAAAUCAGAGACCCAAUAAGAAUGUUUGGGGCUGGACUAUCGAUACCGUCUAGUUUAAGGCAAUCACAGGCAAACUUCAAAAGUAGUGUAAAUAUCAUAUUUGAUCUAGUUAAUUGCAGAAACCAUUUACUUCAAGAUAUACAAAAAAUCAGUGAAAAUAACAAAUGA